UUGCAUUCCCACGCCUUACUAAGUCGUGGCCACGCAUUAGGAUCUCGUUCCCAUGCUUUACUAUGUCGUGGCCACGCCUUAUUUUUGAUGUAUACAGGAUGUCAUCAGCGGGGCUCCGUAGGGGAAACGCUCGAGUGAUGGUAACAGGACGCGGGCGCGCUGGGUGAAGGGUGUGUUAGCGGUCAGACUGAAGCCUGUGCUCCUCAUAAAGCUCCGUCUCUCUCUCCUGGGCUCAGGAGUUCCGCCCCUUCAGCUUCUCCUCUCCUCUCCUCAUUUCGCCAGCGAGCCUGCCUCCCUUUCCCUCCGCUCAUCCAUCCUCUCGGACAAUUUGGUCUCAUCCGCGGGAGAGCAGCAGCAGCAGCACCGGCGGCGGCGGCGGCGGCAGCGGCAGGGCGGUGUCUCUGCUUCCUUUGCGGGCUCCUAAAGACCUAAAUGGUCGACGCUGGGACGGGAAUCCGCCUGUCGAGCCUGUGAAGUCAGGACUGUGAGCCAUCAGAAUGUCGGAGAAGGGGUCCGCUUCAGACGUGAAGUAUGCCAUGGAGGGAGACGGCAAGAGAGCCUAUCAGGAUCAUGACUCAAAGAUGUCGGACGAGCACCGAGACACAGACGACUCUUCAGAGAAAACGCCCAGCAGGGUGUCCAGAUCCCCGCAGAAAUCCUCCAGAAGACCAAAGACAGUGCCUGUUAAAGUCGCGCUGCUGGACGGAUCUGACUAUGAGGCUGGAGUGGAGAAGUCCUGUAAGGGGCAGGCCUUGCUGGAUAUGGUGUGUGAGCACUUGAACCUGCUGGAGAAGGACUACUUUGGCCUGACCUUCUGUGACGCGGACAGCCAAAAGAACUGGCUGGACCCCUCCAAAGAGAUAAAAAAGCAAAUCAGAGUGGGCUCCUGGCAGUUUUCCUUUGCUGUCAAAUUCUAUCCUCCUGAUCCCUCUCAGCUGAUAGAAGACAUCACUCGGUAUUACCUUUGUCUACAGCUGAGGGAGGACAUGCUGUCUGGGCGGCUGCCGUGCUCAUUCGUCACACACGCUCUGCUGGGCUCCUACGCCGUGCAGGCCGAGCUGGGUGACUAUGACUCUGACGAGCACGGGCCCGACUACGUCAGCGAGUUCCGCUUCGCCCCCAACCAGACCCGUGAGCUGGAGGAGAGGGUGAUGGAGCUCCACCGAACUUACAGGGGUAUGAGUCCUGCAGAGGCUGAAAUAAACUUCCUGGAGAAUGCAAAGAAGCUCUCUAUGUAUGGGGUUGAUCUCCAUCAUGCCAAGGACUCAGAGGGCAUUGACAUAAUGCUGGGUGUGUGUGCCAGCGGCCUUUUGAUCUACAGAGACCGCUUGCGCAUUAACCGCUUUGCCUGGCCCAAGAUCCUCAAAAUCUCCUACAAGAGAAGCAACUUUUACAUCAAAAUCCGCCCUGGAGAGUAUGAACAGUUUGAGAGCACCAUUGGCUUCAAGCUGCCCAACCAUCGAGCCUCCAAGCGCUUGUGGAAGGUCUGCAUUGAACACCACACUUUUUUCAGGUUGGUCUCUCCUGAACCCCCACCCAAAGGUUUUCUGGUGAUUGGCUCAAAGUUCCGCUACAGUGGACGGACUCAGGCCCAGACUCGGCAGGCCAGCGCGCUGAUCGACAGGCCGGCCCCGCAGUUUGAGCGGUCAGUUAGCCGGAGGUACUUGCUGUCACGCAGUCUAGAUGGAGCCUCUGCUCUUGGGGACACAAUGGACAGACUUUCUCAGCACACUCCUAGCGAACCCGCUCCUGGCCUGCUCAGAGACGAGCUGUACCGGGACUACAUGGAUGCCGGUCAGGAGCAGGAUCUAGACCAGGAUCAAGACCAAACUGAAGACAGAGGGUCAGAAUCUGAUGCCACUCCUUCAAGGGCUGUGGAGCUGAAGAGGGAGGAGUCGGGGUCUCCUCUAGAUUCUAAAGCAGAGUCGGACCAGGACUUGGCCCCACGCCCCAAACAGGAGCAAUUCCUGGAUAAACCAGAAGACGUACUGCAAAAGCAUCAGGCCAGCAUCAACGAGCUGAAGAGAGCGCUGAGGGAACCCAACAGUAAACUAGUCCAUAGAGAGAAACGCCUAUCUGCAGCCUCUUCUGGUAGCACUCCAGAGAAAAAAGCUGCCUCUGAGGAACCCUUAUUGAUUGAGAAGCCAGACGGUUGUCAAAGAGACCUGACCCUCAGUUCAAAAGAGGAAAAGAACAAGAGCCCCGCUAGAAUAGAUCCAUCUUUCACUGGUUCACAGCAUGAAGGAGAGGAAGCGAUGAGAGAGUCAAUCCAUAUGGCUCAUGGCACAAUGGGAAGCAAUGUCAUAACAAGGAAAGCAAAGAAGGACUCCAUCCCAUCACCAGAGAAACCUCAAAGAACCAGAGCUAAAAGUUCUGUAUUGAAGAACAAACCUAUCCAGGAUGCACAUUCUGUCGUGGACAAUGAUGAUAACGGAUUUCCACACGAGAGACAUGUGGAGAACAGCAUCCAUGCAAACGGCUAUGAUGAAUAUCCAACAGAGAGGCGAUGGACUGAAAGGAGGUACGGAGGAGAUUGUGUGAACCCAGAUUUUUGGAGUUACGAAGAGAAAAGCUGGGGUGAGGCUUCUCCUAAUGCUGCCAUCGACAAACAUAUGAGAGAUCAGUAUAACGGAAGCAGAUGGCGGAGACAAAGCAUGGAAGCCGGAACAGACAAAACAAGAGCUACCAUUAAGACCCAAGCGACCGCAGGCUCGGUUAAGAGUAACGCCACUCAAUCGGAGGUAAAACGAGUCGUACCCCUGAAGCCUGAGAGGUCGAAGAAGUUGAAAGGAAACAAGGGAGUCAAACCACAAGACCACACUGAAAAUGACAGAUCAGUUACUGAGCCGGAGGGACCAAAGUCAAGCGAAGAUUCAUCUGGAAGCGAAAAGGUACUGGAUUUUUUCACACAAACUAGUAGGCCUGUAGGCACGGGUAGCAUUGCAGCGGCUGCCAAAAGAGAUCCGACAGCUAGUGGCCAUAACAGCGACGCCAGAGCGCAUAACCAGAUACCACGACCAGACAGACAGCAAUUUCAGGAUCCAGCAUACAGCGUUAAUCAGAGACUUAGCGCUGGGGAUGACCAGGUCUAUUGUGAAGAUUCCCCGCUGUCUGAUUUCCCAUCAAACUCAACAUUCCCUGCCUUCGAUCAAAUGACCCCUUUGUGUCCUCUUGUAAAAUCCCAGAGGACAAGAGAGACACGAAACAAACAGACCACCUCUAUUGACUCCAGCCACAGCCUCCUCAAGAGCUCCAGCUUAGAAUCCGCCAAGAGGAAACCAGUGAGGGAGCCAUGGGAACGACGCCUGGGAUCUGUGUCCGAGGACGACCCUGACCCAGAAACCCUGUAUCUCAAAGAGACCCACCUGGGUAUUGAACGCAAAUGCUCCAGCAUCACUGUCAGCUCUACUUCCAGUCUGGAGGCUGAGGUGGACUUCACUGUCCUUAUGGACCUUCAGACAGGGAUGGAGGAAUUCUCCAGAGGUAUGUCCGAGCUUGGAGAGAAGGACUUCUCACCUGAACUUUGCUAUUCAGACCGGCCAACCCAUCCAGCCUUCACACUAGGGGCUGACCCCAUCAUCCUACCAGAGGAGAAACACGCAGAAGUAUGGAGAACUGUGGAAGAACCGAAGCCGUUUGCAGAGCCAAAGCCUGUGGAGGAGCGUAAACCUGAGCCUUUUGUGCCAAAAAAAGCUCCACGGUCAGUGAAAGCUGCUCAGGCUUUGAAGAAGGAGUCUUCAGAGCUUGCGAGUAUGCAAGCGCUAAGACGAGAGGCUUCAGAGACGGCAUCCUUCCAGCCCCACAGUAGAGACAGCAGUGAAAUCAUCGCCUCACAGGCUCUGAGGAAGACUGAAGUCAAGAUUGAGACACAGCCAAAUGGAUCAGAGGUCACCACAACUAUUAUGGAGAUUGCAGAUCAGGACCACGGCAGGAGUGGGCUGCGAGAAGCCUCUUUCGCAAUGGCCGAGAGGAUUUCUCCUGUCAGCUUUGGAUCUUUGGCAAGAGAAGGUUCUGGGUCUCCUCUAAUGGUAACAGAGAACGUGACAUCAACCACCACGACACAUGUUACCAAGACUGUGAAAGGAGGAUACUCGGAGACAAGAAUUGAGAAGAGGAUCAUCAUUACUGGAGAUGACGAUGUUGACCAAGAUCAAGCGCUUGCCAUGGCCAUAAAGGAAGCCAAGCAGCAGCAUCCUGACAUGUUAGUAACCAAGGCCGUUGUUGUCAGGGAAACAGAAUCUUCCACACACGACCCACAUGAGGAGUCCAAGUCCUGAUCUCCUAGGUUCUCAGGACUGUGUACAGGAGAAGUUCUGGAUUGUGAAUCGCCCAGGACCUCGCCGGUUUGCAUAUGGAUAAACACCCACACUCAGUCAGAACUCAGAACUCUCAGUUUAUGUACACAUCCUUUUGUUUUUACGCUCGCCCUGGUUGUGAAAAUUUGAAUGGGAGCUUUUGACUCAGACUCUGACUUCGUCUGGUUUUCUGACCCAUCUGGAUCUGUACAGUCUCCAGCGCCAAAGAUGCUGGCAACCUGCUCUGCAGCACAGCAUCCAGAGCGGCUCUGUUUAAGGGAAUACACCUUCACAGCCCAGAGUGAACUCUCUCUUUCUACAGCCCAAAGUGGCACUGGGCAUGAUUCACUAGGCUGUUAAAAAAACCUCCGAACUGAUGAUCUGUCUUGGCGUAAGGACAGCAUCAUCUGUUGGGUAGCAUAUCUAGGUACAGGGACGGGAAAGUUACUUGUCUCUGCAUACAUACGCCCGUGCUUACUCGAUCAGCUAGAAUUAGAUUCUGAAUCUCAUACCAUUGAUCUGCAUGUGGCAAAGCCGGGUUUAGUCUAGGAUAGAUCAACAAAUAGACAGCACCAAACCAGCUACAGUGGGUCAGUGCACUCAUCAAACAUGCACAUAUGGUGCUGACAGGGGACGGACAGAUUGCUGGACACAAGGACACCAGGCUUUGCCAACGACGGAAAGAAGAGGCUUCUGAGAAGCAAAGGCUCUCAAACUAUUACCGGUAGAGGAAAAAUCAUGGAAAAAAUGCUUCAAAACAUUAUGAUACAAGUGCUCAACCUCCUCUGAAGAAUCCUCUGCUCCACUUCACAAGGUUAAGACUUACCACUUGAACUCAUACGGCAUUGGGAUUUAUUUUCUAGGACUUGUAGAUUUGGACUCUACCAUAAUGCUCAUGUAUGCGUUUCAACAUGGUAACAAAAGUAUUUUUCUUCAGUUACACAUGCACCGGUCAGGCGUAACACUGACCACCUCCUCAUUUCUACACUCACUGUCCAGUUUAUCAG